CUUCCUAGUCCAGGAACAGUUACUUUUAUCUACGUGAUCCCAUUAUCUAAAGAAUCCAUAACUAAUUUUAUACAAACAGUUAUAACAUGUGAUAAUUGCAACUCAUUCUUUCGAAAUGAGCUCCAUCGGCGUAGUCGUCUUCCGUAACUCAGCACUCGGGAAGCCGCAGGUGCUACAGGAAUCCGUGAAUAAUUCAGUGAAUAUAACAAACAAUGACGCCAACCAGAAAGUUAGACGUGAAAUUAUUAUUGUGAGAAAAAAACCUAAAAUUCAGUCUCCACCCGCAGCAAUAUCUGUUACUUCUUUAGUUCAUGCUACUGACCUGACUUCGGCUAAUAGUCUUGCAAAAAAACCAAGACUUCGGGAAAAUAUUAUUGAAGAAACCACUAGAACACCUACACCUCUGGCUGUAGCAAGAAGAAAUGCCCGGGAACGGAACAGAGUACGCCAAGUAAAUGAUGGGUUUGCUGCUUUACGUCGACACAUACCAGAUGAAGUAGCUGCUGCAUUUGAAAAUGCUAAUUCGAAUAGAGGACCUAAUAAAAAGCUUAGCAAAGUGGAAACAUUGCGAAUGGCUGUUGAAUACAUUCGAAAUCUAGAAAGUUUAUUAAAUAUCGGUCAUGCAGACAAAGAAAAUGGAAAUCGUCCAUCUAUGGACUCAUUCCCAUCCCCAGCAUCUUCUUCGCCAAGAGAUAAUAGCCAAGAAAGAAAUUAUUUUUCAUUAAACUCUCCGGCCCUCGAAGACGAUGACAUAGACGAGGAUGAUUUAGAUGGAACAUUACAACAAAUACCUCAACAUCAAUACGUAGAGUUACCAGCACCCGAAAAUUUUCAGUUAGUUUCUACUCCACAUUUGUAUGAUGAAGAAGAAGGAGCGGGACACCCUUUGACUCCAUCAUCUGACAUGCUUAGCCAAGAAGAUAUAAACUCCCAUCUUUUGGAAGGACAGUUUCCCUUUCCACAUUCUGCAGAGCAGUUCACAGUGAUUCCUGAGCAAAAUUACUUAAGUGAAGUUGACAUGCCAGUGACUGAUAGUGAGUUUGAAGCAAAAUAUACAGAAUCAAUCCAUCAACAAAUGCAACACAGCUUUAGUGAUGAAUCUGCGUUGUCACUAGACAUUAUUAAUCCGGAUUUAAUUCUAUCUCAUAAUCAGUAUAAAUUUAAAGAAGAACAGCGGGAAUAUAUUGACGAGAAUCAACAAUACAAUGAUGUAGAAUUAAAAAAGGAACUUCCAGAUAUUCAAGUGACUCCAGAAGAUAGGGAACAAUUCGAAGAAACGCUGAAAUGGUGGCAAGAAAAAACAAAAGCCCGUCCGCUAACCAAAUUUAAGAACUGUAAUUAACGCAAAUUGUGAUAAACUAGAAUUAAUAAUUAGAUAAAUGUAAUGUUAUUUAUUGUAAUUGUAGUAAAUAAUGGAUACAUACAGCUGUAAGUGCCAAAGUGGAGUGUUGGCGCGGGUGCAAGGUGUUCAGUAACGGUUGGUAGAAUAAUAAACCCUGUGCGUUUAUAACGUUUUUAUGUCAUGUUCAUGAGGUUUCAACUAGAUGCAAAAUGUCAGUUGAUUAUUGUAGCUUUUUAUAAACAUUUCUCUCUAUAUACUUUAAUAUAACCACUUAAUUGUAAACAAAAAUGCUUAUUUUAACUACAUAUUGUACUUGUUAUGUAUUAAUUCAUAGAUGAAUGCCAUAAAAAUAUGUUUAAUAUAUAGAAUGUAAAUAAUUUUCUUAAAAGGGCACCUAUGAGCUAAAUAAAUUAAUGUAAUUAGUGAAUGUAGUGCCUUAGAUAAUAACGAUAUUGUGAUGUUAAAUAAUAAUGAUUUUAUGACAA